UAGCGGUAGACGUGGACAAGCCGCAGUUUACUGGCAACAUGGCACUUCAAUCAAAAUCCCAUGUCAAAUCGCACUGACAUUUCGUGCGCGUACAUAAAAAACAACAUCGAUAAACCUUAAUUAUCUGUUUUCGUUCAUUAAACUAUGAUUAAGUGCGACAUUGACGCGUUCCCGUUUUAAUUUGGCUCCAAGUUUUCAGCCCCCCAUAGUGCAUAGGGAAAUGAGACUAUUCGGUAACGCUACUGACGCAAUGAUCGUUGAAGAUGUGGAACAGGCAACCAGCGACAAGCUGGUUGAAGAGAACUGGCAGGUGAUAAUGAACAUUUGUGAUAAAGCAGGCAAGUCCAGUGAUGAUGCCAAGGCCUGGCUGAGGGCCAUUGUGAAGCGGCUUUACAACACUGACCCCCAUGUUGGGUUGAAGGCUGUCACGCUUCUAGAUGCCUGCAUAAAGAAUUCUGGAAAAAAUUUCCACGUCGAAGUGGCCUCCAGGGAGUUUGAGAACGAUUUCACUAAGCUCAUGACCAAGGGGCAUCCGCAGGUGGCCAGAAAACUGCGAGAAUCACUGAAGCGCUGGUGCGACAACGAGUUUAAAACCGACGUGCAGCUCAGUCUGAUCCCCGCAUUGUACCACAAGCUCAGAAGCUCUUAUGAUUUUACGUCCACAGAUACGCCCACAAAGACAAGACCAACGAAAACGAGCGAUCCAAACGCAGUGGAGUCCCAAGAGGAGGAGGACCAAAUCCUGAAAGCCAUCGCGCUGUCUUUAAAAGAAACUACCGGGUCGCCCAAGAGCACAUCAUUAGGCCAACCAGCCCCUUCUUUGUAUCCCACCGUGAACAAUUUGGCAGCUCUUUCGAUUUCUGCGCCCAACCCCCAACCAGCCAAGGAGCUUCGCAAAGUACGCGCCCUGUACGACUUUGAAGCGGCUGAAGACAACGAAUUAACGUUCAGUUCGGGGGAAAUAAUUAUGGUGAUUGACGAUUCCGACCCUAAUUGGUGGAAGGGCAACAACCAGAGGGGCGAAGGCCUGUUUCCGGCCAAUUUCGUUACGGCCGACCUUUCAGUGGAGCCAGAAAAGUUCCUGAUAGAAAAAGCCAAGAAAAGCGUGCAAUUUAAAGCAGAAGUGAAGGCGGAGGAAAAGGAGCCAGAAGACAUCGAAAUCAACGAGGACAAAAUCAACCGGCUGUUGCAUCUGCUGCAUGAGGCGGACCCGACUAAUCCGGAAACCGACACCGAUGAGUUGUUAAGUUUGGAAAGGGAAGUGAUUGCAAUGGGGCCCCUGAUCGACACAGAACUAGAGCGGGUGGACCGCAAACACGCACAACUAACUCAACUCAGCGCCAACCUUGUGGAGGCACUCGGGCUGUAUCACACCCUAAUGAGGGAGCCCCAAAUUCCCAACAGCUUUGAGCCCACAUACGGCUACGCCCCUGUAGCCCCGCGCCCAAAUCAGUUUCCGCAGCCGCCCAUGGGUAUGUACCAGAUGCAGGGGCCUCCGCAGGCCUACCAACCCCCGUUGCCGCAUCCCCAACCCUACCCGAUGCCCCAGAUGAUGCCCAAUCUCCCAAUGGGCGCUCCCCAGCCCGGCAGCGGCGCCCCGCACGGGUUUCCACCCGUAAUGGACGAGCGGAUGAUGGCUCAGUAUUCACAAGGAGUAGCACAGCCCCCGUUUCCCAACAGCGGCCCCUUUUCGCAGACAAACUUCCAGGGCGGUGUUACAGGCGCCCCUCAGCAGCCCCACUACGUCACGUCGAGCACCCACAUGCACUAGCGGAAUUACUAUAUUCUCUAAAUUAUUAUUUUAUCAGGCCCAAAGGCGGGUUGAUACGAAAUACAGUUAGAACGAAAAUUUCCGCUGAGCACUGAGCAACUAAAAAUCAAGUUAAGCCAAUAUAGGACCUGCAUUAUCUGUAUAUUAUUUAUUCGAAUGAGAGAUAGAUUUGUGAUUAUUCGUUGUGUAAAAAUAUACCAAUCAUUGCGAGUUAUUUUAAGAA